ACUCUCUAUCAAUGGAUCCAUAGAAGAAUUAUUAAUAUAUAUGUUUUGCUUUAUUUCAAGGGUCGACGAAAAGAUGAUAAAGUGAAAUUUCUUGGAUGCUCUACACACAAAAACAAGACAACAAAACGUGUUUCACUGAGAAAAGUGAUGCAACACCCAACGCAAAUAUUUCUCUUACACCCAAAAAAUAACUCGAUAUUAUUGAGAUCUGUACUUGCUUAUUACAUAUACGGGUGACAUUUCUCUACAUAAGAGAACCCCAUCGCCAGUCCAAGAGCUCAACCUCUGUGUCUCUAUUAAGUUACAGAAAUGGUAUCUUUAAGUGAUAAGAAGGAAGGAAUUAUUAGUCGGAGUUGGCAGCGGCUCAAUGCCUUUCCAGGGAAAAUAAAAAAAUUAGGACAAGAUGAUUCCAGAAGGAUUACUCAUUCUCUCAAAGUGGGACUCGCCAUCACCUUGGUAUCAUUUUUCUAUUACUUUGAGCCCCUCUAUUCUGGUUUUGGUGUCUCUGCAAUGUGGGCUGUUUUGACUGUUGUUGUUGUCUUUGAAUUCUCUGUAGGAGCCACGCUUGGUAGAGGUUUAAAUCGGGGUUUGGCAACAUUUAUGGCUGGAGCUUUAGGAUUUGGUGCUCACCGUUUAGCAAGCCUAUCUGGAAACAAGGGCGAACCGAUACUCCUUGCGCUUUUUGUCUUCAUCAUCGCUGCGGCAGUGACAUUUGUAAGAUUCUUUCCUCGAAUCAAGGCGAGAUAUGAUUAUGGGCUCCUAAUUUUUAUCUUGACAUUCUGUAUGAUAACGGUUUCUGGUUACCGUGAUGAUGAGCUGCUGGAGAUGGCUCAUAAGAGAAUAUGGACCAUCCUCAUUGGUGGCUUCACAGCUGUGGCCGUAUGCAUUCUCAUUUUCCCUGUAUGGGCUGGAGAUGAUCUUCACAAUUUGGUUGCUAACAACAUUGAAAAACUUGCCAUCUUCUUAGAAGGUUUUGGACCUGAAUACUUCAAAAUAUUAGAGGAUGAAGAAGCACCCAAGAAAGUAUCAGAAGGAUAUAAAAGUUUGCUCAAUUCAAAACAAAGUGAAGAAUCCUUGGCAAACUUUGCUAGAUGGGAGCCUCGUCAUGGUAAAUUCAGGUUUCGUCAUCCGUGGAAACACUACUUGAAGAUUGCAAGCCUAACCCGGCAAUGUGCCUACAGAAUUGAAGCUCUUAAUGGCUGCCUCAACGAGGAAACGCAAACACCACAGGAAAUUCGGUACAAAAUCGAAGAGGCAAGCAUAAAACUCUGUUCGGAAUCUGUCAAUACAUUAAAAGAAUUAGCUUUGGCAGUAAGAACAAUGACUCCACCAACCUCUGCCAAUCAACACCUUAUAAGUUCCAAAAUUGCCGCCAAGAAUCUCCAAUCCAUGUUGAAUACAGGCUUGUGCAAGGAAACUGACCUCCUAGAAGUUAUACCAGUAGCUACCAUGGCUUAUCUACUAGUUGAUGUUGUUUCUUGCACUGAAAAAAUUGCAGACUCGAUUCAGGAACUAGCCUCUCUUGCUAAAUUCAAAAGUACUAAGAAACCUGAAGAAAGACAAGCUCAGCCAAAUUUAUGUCCCAAUAGAAGUAUGCAGACAAAUUCUGGCAUCAGUAUACCUGCAGCUCAACCAAAUUUAUGUUACCAGAGAAGUAUGCAGAGAAAUUCUAGCAUCAGUAUUGCACCCCAUCAUGUUAUUAAAAUUCAUCAAGAAUCUCCGUGUUUGUCAGUUGAUCCAACUUUAUCAAAAACAACAGUUUGAGAAAUGGAUCCGUGUCUUUGUAUUUGUUUAAUCACUAACAUGCAAGAUGAUUUGCCACCCAUGUUUUGUGUAUGCUGGCAAUGACUGCAUUAGUUCAUGAUGAAAUUGUCGCAAGGCAAUUGUCUAUUGAAGGAGUAACUCCUUGUUGUUUCCCUCGGAAUGGAAGUUGUUGGUGAGAUGGAUUUUGAUUAAUGGCAAAAGGAUUGAAAUUUUUUUAUUGUACGUGAGCAUUGAAUUAAUGAUAUAUUCUAUUG